GUUCACCCUCUCAAUUCACAAUCAAAACAAGCACAAUUGGCAUUCAGUACAUCGUCCAAACACCAUAACCAUGAGUGACUUCACUGGACCCAAUGUAUACACCAUAGUCGCUCGCUAUGUUGACAAGCGACUUGAUCUCGAUAGCGGCAAGAAGGAAGAUGGAACCAAGCUGCAGCUCUAUCGGCCAUUUGAUAAUGGCCAAUAUGGUCCAAAUCAACGAUUUGUCUUCGCUCAUGCUGGCAAUGACGAGUACCUCAUCAUCAAUGUCAGGUCUGGCACCUAUCUAACGGCUUCCGAUGAUAGUAAACAAAUCACUGCUAAUCUCAUCUCUCCCCUCGAGAAACGAGUGCGUUGGAAGAUUGAGCCCGUUAAGGAUCGCAGUGGAGCAUACUUCAUUGUCAGUGUUGCGUUCCCCAGCAAGGUGAUCGAUAUUUCCGGGGCGAAAACCGACGAUAAGACUGAAGCCCUCACCUACACCAAGAACGGUACUCAGCAUCAGCAAUUCUUUUUGAGAUCCGCUUAGUGGCGCAUUAGGCUCUGGGUUCAUCCGAUGAAGCGGUAUGUACACGAGUCUGAUAUUAGUCCAUACAGAGUACAUAAUGACUUGAAGAUGACCACAAUUCAAAUGUAUGCCUGUAGCU